GACAAUGCGCGGGGCCCCGGCGGCGGGCGGGCGGUGCGGGCAGCUCCGGCCGUAGGGGCAGCUCCUCUCGGUCGCUGCAACUGCUGCCAUGAGCCGCUGCUGCCCCAGCCCGCCCUCCGCACCCCGGGGGGGCAGCCCCGCCCGGCAGCCCCUCGGCCCUGGGAGCGGGGCCUUGGACAUGCUGCGCUGCCCCUCCUGCCUCCUCCUCCUUUGGGAGCCGGUGACCGUGUCCUGCGGUCACACUUUCUGCAAGUCGUGCCUGGGGGUGGCCGUGCCCUCCCGCUGCCCCCUGUGCCAGGAGAGGCUGACGCUGCUGGGCGUCGGGGCGGCGAGGUGCAACGUGGUGCUCUGCGGCCUCCUGGAGAAAUGCGUGGAGCGGAAGAGCCGGCUGGCCUGGCUGGUGGCCCGUGUCCGGGACUGUCUCAGCCAUGGGGAUGCUCGGGAAGCGCUGAGGAUAGCUCAGAAAGGGAUCGAGCUGGCCCCAGAUGCCAACUCCCUGCGGCUGUGCCGGGCAGAGGCGUUCGUGGUGCUGGGGCAGCACCAGCGGGCAUUGGAGGACCUGGACGCCGUAUGCAGGGCUGAGCCUGGAGAGCAUGAGGGUUUCUUCAGGAAGGGGAGGGUGCUUCUGGAGAUGGGACAGAGAGCUGAAGCCCUGCUGGCAUGGGAACACUGCCUGACACUCAGUCCCCAUUUCCAUCCUGCUCGGAGAGAGAUGGAGAAGAUCCUCACACGAGAGGAUACUCCUCAGCCAUGCAUGGCUGCUGCACUCCUGGAUGAUGCUGAUGGGGGCUUGGCUGGUUCCCAAGUCAAUGGAAGGAGCCCGGUGCUCUCUUCGUCUUCUGCACAAGCUCAGGACCAGAAGGGAGAACCUUUGGAUAGCAGAGAGGAUGCUGGCUCUGAUCAGGACCAGGGGACAGCCACCCUUUCCCAGCUGGAGCGAUGGCAGGAACCGGAACUGGGGACUUUGGCAGAGAGGCAGGGCCGGAGUUUGGCAGGUAAUGCAGAGGAAACGGAGGCAGCAGAGUGUACCCAGACAUGCCUUGAGGAGCUGCUGAGCCUAUCUGACUUGGAGUGCUCCCUCUGCAUACGGAUGUUCUUCGAGCCGGUAACGACGCCAUGUGGACACACCUUCUGCAAGGAGUGCCUCGAACGCUGCCUGGACCAUCGGCCCAACUGCCCCCUCUGCAAACAGAGCCUGAGAGAGUACCUGAAGGCUGGAAGCUACAGUCCCACCAUGCUGCUGCAGGACAUCAUGCUGGCCACCUUCCCCUCACAGCUGGCCGAGCGCCGGGAGCUGCACCAGGCUGAGAUGGCAGAGCUCUCCAACCUGACCAAGAACAUCCCCAUCUUCGUAUGCACGAUGUCCUUCCCAGGCAUUGCCUGCCCUCUGCACGUCUUCGAGCCUCGCUACCGCCUCAUGAUCCGGCGCUGCCAGGAGACGGGCACGAGGAGGUUCGGCAUGUGUGUGUAUGAGAACGGGAAGAGUUUUGCUGACUAUGGCUGCAUGCUGGAGAUUCGGCAGAUCGAGCUGCUGGCGGACGGGAGGUCCUUGGUGGACACCAUCGGCAGGCGGCGGUUCCGGGUGCUGAGCCGGGGACACAGAGACGGCUACAACACUGCUGACAUCGAGUACCUGGAGGACAGGAAGGUGGCUGGGGAGGAGCUGCAGGAGCUGCAAUGCCUGCAUGAAAGCACCUACCGCUUGGCUCAGCGGUUCUGUGAGCACAGGGACCUGGCCUCCAGGCACACCUUGAUGCAGCAUGGACCACUGCCAGAGAAGGAAGAGGACAUUCAGGCUUCGGCAGAUGGCCCGACGUGGUGCUGGUGGCUCAUCUCCGUCCUGCCCCUUGACCCGUCCUACCAGAUGCACCUCUUCUCCACCACCUCCCUGCGCUCCCGCCUGUCCCAGCUGCAGCGCAUCCUGGCCGCCCUGCUGCAGCCGCCCCCCACCCGGCACCUGCUGCCCGAGCUCAGCCCCCAGGGCCGUGUCUGAGCCCCUCGGCCCUGCUGUGGGGGAGACCUCCACCCCCUCGGGUUUCUCUAUGUCUUGCUUCAUGGUUUUGUGUGUCUGCCCCUCUCGGUGGGGCUGGUGCUGUGCUGGCAGUGACACUGCACUGUCCACUCCUCUGGGAGCUGUGCCAUCAGAGGUGGGGACUGGCUUGAGAAGCUGGGUUGUAUGUUGGGAACCAAAGUCACUUGCUGAGCUGCUUCAGCACUAAGGAGAACUCUCCUUAGGGCAGAAGACUGAGUGCCAGGAUCACCUCUUUCUGUUUGAAGGACAAUGUAGGGGUUUUGGUAGAUGGUUGUGCUCUGCGCAGCAGAUUUUGUGCAUGGGAGAGGUGGCACUGGGAGGCAGAGAUCCCAAAGGCUUCCCCAGCUUUGGGAGCUGAUGGCUCCGCCUCCACUUGUGAGUUUGACUAAAUUUCUAUUUGAACGAGAAGAAAGGUUAAAUUAAAAAAUCUGAAACCCAUCCUGCUCGUAACCACUUCCAUGGCCACAUGAUGAGGAGAUGCUGCUCUCCAAAUAUACCUGGAUCCAAACAUCCCCUUCCCACUGUUCUGCUUGGUGCUCUCCUGUGGUUGCUGUGCCGAGCUUGCCGGCUGCUUCCCAGGCUGGAGCCAUGCUGGAGGCUGCUGGCCACUUCCCUGGCUGCCAGCUCCACUGCCAUGAAGUGCCAUGGGAAGGGGGAUUUGGCAGCAUUGGUGCUUUUCCCUCCAUACGGAGGCUGCUGUCCCCAGGCCUGGCUACGUUCAGGUUGCAGGUUCAGACGUGGGGACUGGAAGGAGCAGAUGGUGAGGAGGAGUUAAGCCUGGAAGUGGUUUUGUGUGAUUUUCCUGUGUUCAGUGUUUCUUGUGAACUUUCUGCCUCCUCAGGAGAAAAUUGGGAUCUGAGCUGAGGCUGGAUCAUUGCAUUUGGGACCCAGAACAGUUCAGGAUCUCUCAGAAGAGCACAAAGUGAAGUGUAAGGGAGCUGAACCCCUGGAGAGGCAUGGAGGGGGCAGGACCAGUCACCAGGGCUGUGAGCUCAUUGUCAGGCAAGCAAGUGCCUGGCUGCUGCUUGUCUGUAAACACAGGGAAAGACUAUUCCUCUGGUCAGACCAAGCUUUCUCCUGUGGAAGUUCUGAAGGUUUGAGAUUUUUGUCUCACAUCCCAAGCCUGAUCUUGGCAAGGGUAGGUGAUAGAGGGACACCUUGCAUGGUGGUGGAUGGGUGAGUGAAGGUGGCAGGAUGCCACUGAAGUUUGGCAAGUGCCUUUCUUUAACACAUGGUCAAUGUGAGCUCACCCAGGGACCCCCCCCACCCAAUCCCAAGACCCUCACCUACCCCAUGAGUUGCCUAUUCCUCUGGUGUCAGAGCUCCCUGGGCUGCUGCAGGUCCCUCCAGCAAUGGAGAGGUACAGGGGGCUGCAGGGGAGCAGUGUGGGUCUGCGCCAUGUCCAUGCUGGGAGAGAGCUGGGGACCAGAACCACAUCUGCCCAGCUGCUUUGGGAAGGGACCUUGUGCAAAUUGCUCCAGUUUGCUUGGAGCACCUUUGAGGUUUGUAUUCAUAUCUUUGCUCUUUGAAUUAUUUUUUUUUUUCCUGGUCAUUGAAAUAAAAGACCUUUUUUUGUUGUU